CUACAUGUCUUUGGUGAAAAUAACCCAAAUUAGGAUGUAUUUUUUAGUUCACAAACUAUGGUAUAGAUCUGAAUAUUGAUCAAUCCUGAAGUACUCACAGCCAAUCUAAUUUCUUGAGGUCCAAGAAUGUCAGAAUAGUACAGAUAAUCCCAAUGACCCUUUUUUGCAGAGUAGACAGUCGGACUUACUUCAAAAGAAGAAUGGCAAGUUUUUUGAAGUUGUAUUUUUUUUGUCAUAAUUUUUCGGAAAAUGAAAAAUAUUUUUUUUUUUACAUACUGUCACCA